AUGUUAAUAAGUAUGACGAUAUCAGUAGUAAUGAUAAUGAUUGAGUCGAUGCAAAUAAAAGGUGAUAUUUGCAUUCGAAAAUUUAUUCUUGGGCUACUGGUAGCUCAUCUUUUCGCCAAUGUUGAAAGCGAAGUGUCUUUAUGUGGUGCAAAUGCACAAGGACGCAUUCAUUGCUACGAUGCUUACAACAAAAACUGCAUGAGAUGCAACUGCAACCGUGGUUAUGCAGUCCUAAGAGGUCGUUGCGUUUUAGAGGCAAUCGCUCGCCAGGCAACUUCUGGAAGACUACAACGCAGUACAGAAUCGAAUCUCAUAGCGUUGAGAAGCCCAAACUGUGGAACAAAUAUGUUACAACUGAACAGAUAUUGCGAACGAGGAACUUGUGGUAGUUUGUGUUAUUGUGUGGAUGGUUAUCAUCGAUACGGCGAUGAGUGCACGAAUGAAUAA